AUGGGCUUGGCAAUGGAAGUCCAGAAAUACCCCAGCAUUGAAGAAGUUCCAACAUUCACAAUCCAGAGCAUAAACAGUUGGAUGACACCAAUCGUUUCUUUCCUCCAGGACGAGCACUUCCCUCAGAAUACAGAAGAGGCCAAAAAGAUCAAGAAGAAGGUAGCCAGAUUUACGAUCCUUAAUGACACAUUAUACAAAAGAGGCAUCUCCAUGACUUAUUUGGAGUGUGUUGACGAAGAAGAAGCCAAGUACAUACUGGAAGAAAUCCACGAAGGGAUUUGUAGGGACCACGCCAGCCCUAGGUCCCUGGUGAAGAAGGUUAUUCGAGUAGGUUAUUUCUGGCCUACUAUGCAAGCGGAUGCAGUGGAGCUCGUAAAGAAGUGUUACAAGUGCCAACGAUACGGGAAUGUCAAGCGACUUCUAGUAGAGGGACUGACGACGAUAGCCUCCCUAUGGCCAUUUGCGCAAUAG